AUGGGUUCCCUUCAGCAAAAUUAUCUGUUCCUCUGUCUAGGAGUUGUUUUAAGCUUGUCGAAUUCAAACAUCUGUGUCGGUGUUCAAGGUCUACCUGAAGAGAAACCACAAUGUUCUUUUCCGGGAUUUUUGCAAUACUCAGGUCCAAAAUUGUCAAACAGAAAAUGGCGCCAGUGGUCACGAGGAAAUGGAUUUCCUUACGACAGAACUGAACCUCUUAAUGGAUCCAGAAAUAACAAAGUGAAAGGAGAGUACACAUGGGUGUUUAGUACAGGGAAAAUUCAGAUAUUGGGAGACUCGCAUUCUUCAAGAACCAGCUCGCUAUUUUACUGUUGGAGAAAGCUUGCCCCUCAUGUUUUCAUUAUCCUCCGCAAUGACUCGGUGGAUGAAACUCGCUCGAACGUAAAGUAUUAUUCUUGCAUAAAAUUCCGGAAAAGAGGGCGAAAUGUGAUCACAUAUGAACAUUCGCCUUGGAGACCCAAUCAAACUCACCUGGCUUGUGAUGAAAGUGAUCUGCUGGUAUACGAAAGUCCUUUGCUUUCAAGUGUUUUAGAGGACGUACCGGAUUGUCCGUCUGUGCUAAGGGGAGGAUUUAAAAUUACUGAGGCCAAUAAUGAGUUAAUAGGAAAACAAUGCUUACCUAACAAAGACGCUGCGAUUAUAGGAACGUUUGAAUCUGACUGUAUGGGUAAAGAAGGCCUGCGGAUCCACUCAACAAGAAGCCAUGAUUGUUUAAUGAACGAGCGUCAUUUGAAUAGCCCUUUCACUUUCAAUCUGGCUUUGUCUUGCUUCAGUGCACCAUGGAGGGAUGGGAAUUUUACAUACUUUAUUGCCAAGAGACGAAAUUUUGCAGCGAGAAGUACAUUUACAUUUCUCAAAUCAGAAUUUUUCUGUGUUAGAUUUCGAAAAGUCGAGAACGAAGAUAACGUUGUGUUGCAGCUAUAUGAUGGGCCGAUUUGCACGAGAAAUACGUCGAAGGGAGUAAAAUCAUUAACCAUGCACUUAAGACGAAAAGUUGAUGUCGGAGAAACGAACAGACCUCUUUCUGAGGUCACUAAAAUGGAGUGUAACUUUCCAAAAAAAAUUCGUGGGAUUUGGAAAGAAAUAUCCGAUCAUAAUGGUUUACGUAACGUUAUCAUAAACGAGACAUCAAUUAAUAUUCCCCCAUAUGGAAACUUCUAUUGUAAACAGAGGUAUAUUUUUCAGCACCAGGCUCCCCACGAAUGCAGUUCACUAGUUACCGGUAAGUGGCCUGGAUCGGGACGGUCAAAAUUCUUUGUCGAUGAUUAUAUACUUGUGUCAAACUUUACCAAUGGCUGUUAUCCCAGAUUAACUCGCUUAGGUGUCACAGAAAUCGCCGGAAGUGAUGUGUUAGUAUACAGGCUUUCUCAAAGUCAGCUGAUAAUCACGGAUGGUGUUAACAAUGAUUCUUUAGUGUAUUAUUACUUAAAUCAUGUACUACGACUGUUUUGCUCAAGCUGGCUUCCCUACAUAAGAGAUCCUUAUCCUGUCUGGGGUCGCAAUAUUGACAAAAUCAUAAUAAGGCGCCAAUCAUCACUGAGAAAAACCCGCUGUUUUCUUCCAUCCCGCGGCAAAGGAGUUUACCAUUUCAAGUCGGCUAACAGUGAUCAAGUCGAAUGCAAUGGAUCUUUGUCACGUGUUGAGUUUGCGUGUAAAAAUACGCUUUCAUUUGAAGUGAAGUAUGAUCCAGACUGUCAGAAGUCUGAUAUUGUUUAUUCUUGUAUCGGAAAGGCUUGGAAAAUGGGCGAUUUUUUCUUAGUUCAAGAAAUCAAAACUAAAAAUAUCAGCUGCAUGUGGUUUGAUGAGUCGAACAAACAUAUGUUUCUUCUAAAUUCACCUCAGUGCUCGGACAAAGACUGGGAACGAGGAAGGGAUCCUCCAAAAGAGGUCAACUUUAAAGAAAUCUUAAAUUUUCAGUAUUUCAGCAAAUGUCCAAUUUAUUCUGAAUCGCGUGACCUUGACUAUCCAAUAGUGAUCAAGUUUCGGAAUAUGUCACGUCAUUUAAACUUAACGUCACGGGUGCUAGUCUUUGCGUGUUUUCUCAUCUAUUUCACAUAUUAA